UUUCAUUGACCCUUGACGAUUCCAACGAAACGAGGAUGGAACGAGAUUUGUUAAGAAGUCUCGAACAGUCAUGUUUGGUCGUUCGUUUCGUCGCUAAUCAAGCCUAGAAUGCGUGUGACGAUUCUUAGAAAUGCAGCUGCUACAUUACCAUUUAUGGUGUGAACGGAAAGUCGAAGGAUGGAAAAUUUUCUUUUUGAAAUCUCGUCCAGAUAAUCGCGACGAUCAAAUAGACACGAUUUUGAAGGUGAAUGGUCCGACUUGGACCACCGCCAAGCAUCUAGAUGUACUGCAAAAGAUUAUCGUGUAUAUUUACCUUAAGUUUUCGAAGAAAUUGAACGUCAGUAAUUUAUAGAUAUCAUGAAUCUUUAGAGCAGAUUAUAAGAUACUUGUAUACACCGGAAAUUAUGCAGACACUUUCCGUAAAGUGAGAAAUGUCUAACGGCAAACGUUUAUACAUAGUUCUUUUACUCAACAUUAUUAUUCUGAAAGAAUUUAAGCUUGCAAGCCCUGUCUAGCCGAAGGGUUCGCGAGCACGCGACCGUAAGUCGCACGGCAUUCUUGUCUCUUCCCUUCUUUUCUGAAUCGCCUUUUGCCCCGUCCCCACCAUUCCACGGUUUUAUAAUGCCUCUCUGUCUCUGGCACUUCCUGUGUUCCGCCACGCUCACCUGUCUACCGGCGGCACCUGCCUUCAUAAGUAUCUAGGUGUACACAGUGUAUAGAGUAGGUGAACGUGGCGCAUAUCCUAUGGGACUUUUAGUUUCCCCGCUCGCUCCUGCGGACGGUCACGGUAUUGUGCUCUGUUGGUUUGCACGUUUUACCUGGACACGCGUUGCACAUACACGCAGUCGAUGUUACGCCGUCGUUCACCACAGACGAGCUCUAUCGAACUUUUCCUCUCCCGCUGAUAACAGUCGCGAGUCUUGCGGCUCGCGCGACCAUUAGUGCCUCCUGCGACCACGACCGGUUACGCUCCUCUGGAACUAUCCACUGGAAUCCAAAGUUAAGAAGAAGGAAGACUAUAAUACAAUAAACUAAUCCGUCAAGGAUGGCCUAGGAAGAUCUAAAAUUCCGCAGGGUCGAGCCUACCAAUGGUUCUCGAUUUUACGAGCUUGGUAUUCGCAAGUUCCCUAAAUAGUGAAGGACAUUUUAGUGUAAUAUCGUAUUCUCCACUUACAACUAGUUCAGAGGUGAAUUUUCUCUGUAAAGUGACUGUUAACUAUUUUUACAUGGAUCCGACAUGUCAUCGCUUGUUUUAGUGCUUUAGAAUGCCAUUCGGACUUCAUAUUCGUGGACGAAAACCUUGAGCUUCCCCGCGAGGGUGUCCCCCCAGAGGCCUGCCAAGGAAUCGAAGGGGUUUCAUGUGAGCCCCAGUGCUAGCCCCACGUCGCCACCCAGCCCGAUCAACGACAACAUGGACAAGGCGCCGAUUAUUACCGAUGAGAAUUUCCAGGAUCUGGAAGCGGAAAAGGCAAUAAUGGGCUCUAUUGUGUACUGCAUACAUCAUAAGGAUGGCUGCAAGUGGUCCGACGAACUUCGAAAGUUGAAGGCUCAUCUGAAUACCUGCAAGCACGACGCGAUUCCCUGCAGCAACAAGUGUGGCGCAAUGAUACCGCGUGUGCUGAUGGAAGAUCAUUUGAAGUACACUUGCGCCCAGCGGCGAACACGCUGCGACUUCUGUGCCAAAGAAUUCACCGGUCACACGCUCGAGAAACAUACAGGGACGUGUGGCUACGAGCCGCUGUACUGCGAGAAUAAGUGCGGUAUGAAGGUGCAGAGAAGGCAUCUGAGCCAACACAAGUUAGGCGAGUGCGCGAAAAGGCUGGUCGCCUGUCGUUACUGCAACAAGGAGUUUGUUUUCGACACGCUCGGUGCUCAUCACGCCAAGUGUGGCCGCUUUCCGGUGGCUUGCCCACAUCGUUGCGAGACUGCAGUACUGCCGAGGGAAGAUCUAGAAGUCCAUUUGAAGGACCAUUGCACUACGCAUCUACUAUCCUGUACUUUUAAGGAUGCCGGCUGUCGUUUCAAGGGAAACAGAUUCUCGUUGGACAAGCACUUGGAAGAAUCUGCGAAGAUGCACUUGAGUCUGAUGUGCAGUGUCGUUACGAAGCAGCAGCAUCAGAUAACCAGUUUGAAAUCGGCGAUUAGCAAAUUGUCGUUAAAUUACACGGGUACGCUUAUAUGGAAGAUUACGGAUUACAGUGCUAAGAUGUCCGAGGCGAAGGCUAAAGAGGGAAUGGAACUCGUUAGCCCACCUUUCUACACUAGUCAAUAUGGUUACAAGCUACAGGCGUCACUUUUCUUAAAUGGAAAUGGAACUGGCGAGGGAAGUCAUAUUUCAAUAUACAUAAAGAUCCUUCCCGGCGAGUAUGACGCACUGUUGCGAUGGCCAUUUUCUCACAGCGUAUCCUUCACCAUAUUCGACCAGACGGUGGUCGCUGAGAAAGCGUGCAACAUCGUAGAGAGCUUUAUACCGGACCCGACAUGGAAGAACUUCCAAAGGCCCAGUCGCGAGCCUGACUCGUUGGGUUUCGGUUUCCCCCGAUUCGUUUCCCACGAGAUGGUGAAGAAACGACACUUCGUCAAAGACAACACGAUGUUUAUCCGGGUGAAAGUCGAUCCUAGCAAAAUCGUUGCCGUAUAAAAUCAGAUUGUACUCUUGGGCGAACUGUGUCAUACUAACUGUGCUGUCGUUCUACGUAACACAGUUUAUCGUCACAUCGUGCGCACCCUCGUCGAUGUGAUAUAUACUUAUUUCUUUUUUUGUAUGUGAUAUCGUUGCGCUAAACGAUCACAUCUCGUCUCUGCUUCAUCCAAGUCAGUGACGUGCUGCAUUUUUUUUAAAAAAGGGGAAGAUGAGAUCUUGAUUUCGGGAGAAUCAAUCAUAGUGGGCGAGAAUUAACGAUAGUUGAUAUUUAUUAAUGGCAUAAUUUGUGUGAUAGGGCUAAGUACUUUACAUGACAAGCACGCGGUACUUACGUCCUUCCACCGGCGGUAUAAUUAUGGUGAAACUGAGUCAGGAUAGCACGGGUAUACAACCCAAAUAUUUACUAUUAAAGGGGAACCAGUUAAAUAAUUUGUGUAAUUGUUUUAACUUUCCUCAUACUGCCGCAGUUUCGUUACUAUGUAACAUACGUCUUCUCAUUCUCUACUGAAAUCUGAGCGAAAUCUUUCAGUUUACAUGUAAGUUUCUAGGAAUUGAAAUCAAAGAUUAUUAAAGGACUGUGUACACUAUAAGCUUAAAGGAUGUAAAUAUUGUGCAAAAAAAAUAAUGAUACGUAGCUCUGAACGAGUUGCGGGAUAAUUAAUUGAUGAUUUACCGAUGUAAAUACAAAUACACGUUUACUACGUACGUUAGUGAUAAUGAGAAAUUGUGAUUGAGAUGCUAGUGACUGUAUGUUAUUAUGAUUUAAAAGUAAGAUAAUAAAACUUAUUAUGUCACA